AUGCCACGGACAGCCCGGGCGUUCGCAACGAGCUUGGAAGCGAUCUUAACACAUUCACUGUCGCGCUGUAAGCUAUACCCAGGCACGUCUGCUUUAGAAGCACUGGUCCUUUGUUUCUGUCGAGUCAUUGCGUUCCAAACGCACAAUUACGAGCUGCUGCAACACACAUACCAUUCGUGCUUGACCCGAUUCUUUGCGAUACGUGCUGAAUCCUUGGAUACAAACGCGUCUCUUGUGAUUUGUCUAACGGCUUUGUUGUGUGCGCACGGCCCGUGGGAAGCAGCUCAGCAGCCCACUCGUCUUGAUGAUGUAUUUUCACAUUUGAUGGACCUAUAUGCUACAACAACCAGGCAGGGAGCCGUUCAGCACCAUAUCCCGUUGUUGAUCGCGCUUGGCUCGCUUCUUAGCAUGUACCCACGCAAAUUUCUUGAUCCCGAGCUUUCAGCAACACUUGAGCGUAUUCUUCACGAUGGCUCGCUGCAAGAACGGUACCUAGUGUUGCGUUCGUUGCUUGCAUUGUUGAAGCAUGAUAUGGAUGCUCUCAGGCCAAAUAUCGCCGCUGCAUCAACGAUCGGACACUUCGCGAGCACAGCGAGCACUUCUCAAAUUGCUGCGUCAUCAGCAGAUGUCGUCGCCGAGCUGACCGGCCGCUCUUAUACAGAUGCUGGCUUGGUGACGGGUCUGCUGCAACGCUAUUCAGUGCCUGUGCUCGAAGCCGUGUUGGAGGUGACGUCUGCGCCAAUCCAGCGGACGGCAAGUGAGAUAUUAAACAUAUCCAUACUACAAGGCUUGUCUCAUCCCAUGCAGGUGGUACCGUAUCUCGUGUCUCUGGAAACAAGUCAAGAUCCCAUUCUGCGGAGCCGCGCUGCUCAGCUUCACCGACAUAUGAUGUCGAAGCAUGCGUCGCUCCUUGCAUCCAGAUACGGCGAAUGUGUAAGAGCGUCAUUCCAAUUUCAGUGUCGCUUGACAUCUCAUCCGCGUGGUUAUCGAGACGGAGAGCAACAUGCCGAGGCUCUGCUCCAAACCUGGUUUGAUAUGCUUAGCGAGUAUCGAACUGCACGCCUCGCAUUCCUCAAAGCAUUGGUCCGUCUUAUGGAUGUGACCGUGGGCACGACGUGUACAGAAUCAGACGUCAACUUGGCCAUGUACGUGGCCGACAAUUUGGCGCUGCUCGAGUACCGCGUGGCUGAGGAACCUUUGCUUGUGAUUCAUGAACUCAAAAUGCUUCACGCUGUUACAGGUGGUCAAGUUAUGAGCAUGGUAACGCGGAAGCUCC